AUGUCGCAGGUACCUACCAUGAAAUCGGUGAAGACGAGACGACCUCUAGCUGACAUCAAGAAUGUAUCCUCCAAGUACCUAGCGGCUCAGGGUGCUGGAAAGAGCAAAGUGAAGUCAGCAUCAUCAAGACAGACGGCCUCCUCUCUUCGCAGCCGAGACGCGGACAUUGUCCUGUCCGGUGUUGGCCUGGGGGGGCAGAAGGAGACGGCAAAGAAGGAUGUGAAGAGCUCUUCAGACCUCAGCUUCGAGCUCAUGAGGUUGCUGGAGGAGAAGUCGAAACAGGCCAGGGUCUCGUCGUGGGACCAGCAGACGUCUCCUUACACCGUCGAGAACAAUGCGAUCCAGGAGAAGCUGCAGAGCAAGCUCAAGAACGUUCCCCACGCCCCAUCUCAACCUCGUAAAGUCAGGAACAUUCACUCGGCCCUGGGAGCUGCGACCCGGAAGUCUCAAGUCUCCGCAAAGACUUUGCAGAUUCGUCCCCGUUCGGCUGCCGCACGGCUGGAUCAAGGGAACUUCGCUGAACCUGGCAAGCUAUUCGUUCCACAGAGCGCGAAAGGCAAGGCGGAGGACAAGGAGCACGAACUAGGUUUCCGAUCGCGAGGAGAUUUGGAUAAGAAGACGAUGGUACACCAUCCUAAAGAUGCCUCCGCAGCAGCUCCUGCCAUGAGCCGAGACGAUGCUCGUGGGAGGGGCAGGAGCAAGGGAGCAGACGGCAAGACUUCCAAGUCGAGCUCGAAAACUUCUACGAUAGCAGGCAGGCGCAUGGUAGAAUCCGGUGCAAGUGAUGCUGUUGAAACAGGCCUCAUCGCGAGGUUCCGCCAGGGUCCGCCUCAAAAGGCCUCGGAGCGGAUGGGAGCGAGGGAUGUAGAUUUCUGGUGGCGGAGAGACGCCGAGGAGGAAGGGGACGAGGUCAGGCCGCGUGCGAGUGAGGGGAAGAGAUCUGGGCCGGAUGGGGAUACACCAAGGGAUUCCACGGAGAGCGUCCAGAAACGAGCUCCCUUCACGAUGAACGGUUGGACACAAGACGCCGCUGAAAGGAACAAUCAGAGAGAUUUCUACACAUCUGAUGACUCAAACGUUAGAGAGAGUUCGAUGAAGUCCGCAGGAAGGUGGUCAGUCAAGAGCAGCAAAGAAAUCCAGUCGAGCCGUGAAUCAUUCGCAACAUCAGACUACAACCCAAGUCAAGCUUCCCUGGAGCUGCCGGAGUCUGAAAGCUCGAGUGCGUUGAGACUCUCCGUGGAGUCCAGGAAGUCUGUCAGGUCGUCAAGGAGCGACAAGUCGCUGAGAAGCUCGACAGACAACGACCUGAACCUCUCCCACCGGCUGGAGGAGGCGGAGGACCUUCUGGCGCGAUGGCGAUACGAGAGGAAAGUCCGUCAGGAGCUGCAGACCUGCAGCUCGUCCCUCCUGCCCUUUCAAGUGACCGGCCGAUCACAGCCUCCUGCUGAGGAGCUCUGGAGCAAGAGCUCGAGCAAGAUAUCUGCUGGGAACCUGGUGGACAGAAGGGACGAUAGGGAGAAGGGUGGCGUCGAUCCCCUCGAAGAGUUUCGGAGGAAGAUGAGCAAGGACUCGUUGAGACCAGACUCGGUCGACCUGCUUCGCAGACGCACAGGAUACGCGGAGAGGCUGAGGGAGGCAACGGAGCAAGGGAAGAGGGAGGGGGGAGCGGUGUCAGCUGCUGAGGCUGAGAGGGACGAGGAGGGGAGGAAUGACCUUGAGGGAACCAGCUGGCGAGCAGACAGACGGGACGACAUGAAGCAGCUGUCUGUUCGACAAGAUCUAGUCGCUGACCGAGUUAAUGUAGCCCCAGCCCGUGUGAGGAAUCCUUGGAGCGAAGGGGAUCUGAGGACGAAGACAAUCGUUACAGAGGAGGACGAGGACGAGGACAAGGACAAGGACGAAGACAAGGACGAGGACGAGGACGAGGACGAGCUCUUGGAAGAUGAGGAGCAAACGCAGGAGCAGGGGGCCAGGGUACACGAGGGCUCUGACAAGGAUGCUCAAGUUUGCGAGGAAGGCUCGAGUGAAUCGUACGGGCAGAACAGCGCGUUGCAGGCAGAGGACCAGAGCUUCGACGUCUCCUCCUCCUCCUCCUCCUCUCCGAUCAGCAAGGUCCCUCCUGACGGGAGUGCGGCACGGAAGAUCGCCAUGCUCGCCAUCAGCAAGACUGUUGACAACUUCCUGUCGACGAGCUGCUGGCCCAACCUCGACAUGGUGUUCAGAGUCACUUGCGAGGCCGACGAGACGUUUGAGCAGCAGCAGCUGCAGCAGGAGGAGGAGUUGACAGUACGGGAGGACGAGGACGAAGAAAGGAGGAGGUCAGACGAGGAGCUGGUACAUGGCCAAGGAGCUCCAAGAAGCUGCGGAAACUCUGAGGAGGGGAGCAGAAGUCGUGACGGAAGUCGUGACGGAGGGGCAAUGAUAGCGGAAGAGGAGGGGGAUGGUGAAGGAGGCCGUAGCAAGGCGGAUGCAGAGGAUGAAGCGACAGAGGGGAAGCAUGAUGAUCUGGAGGAGGAGGAGGAGGAGGAGGAGGAGGAGGAGGAGGAUUAUGACGACGACGACGACGACGCAGGGUGUGGUGAAGAGGACGAAGAUGACAUCGUCAGGAUGCUGAAGAAGAGAAUGCAAGAGGUGGCUGCUGCUACUGCUGCUACUGCUGCUGCUGCUGCUGCUGCUACUGCUGCUGCUGCUGCUGCUGCUGCUGCUGCUGCUGCUGCUGCUGCUGCUGCUGCUGCUGCUGCUGCUGCUGCUGCUGCUGCUGAUGAUGAUGAUGAUGAUGAUGAUGAUGAUGAUGAUGAUGAUGAUGAUGAUGAUGAUGAUGAUGAUGAUGAUGAUGAUGAUGAUGAUGAUGAUGUUGUUGUUGUUGUUGUUGAUGAUGAUGAUGAUGGAUGA